GAGCGGAGAUGGAGUUCUUGGCGGAGGACGAGUUGAUCUCCAUCGUUCCCAAUUUUAGAUCUGACGGUAUGCACAUGCUUUGUGGCGAUUUCGGUCCGUUUCGACCGCAGAUCCCGGUCAAGGUUCCCCUUUGGCUCGCACUUUCGCUGAAGAAACGACGAAAGUGCACUUUGCAAACCCCAGACUGGAUGAAUGUAGAUAACCUAGCGAGAGUCUUGGAGGAGGAGAGGGAGAGUACUGGUGUGUUUCAGGAAUUACCCUUUCACUAUAUCGAGAUUUCUCAGCUGCUUUUUGAUAACGCGAUAGAAGAUCUAUGUGAUCAUUACAAGAUGAGAACUCUCAUUGAAGAUAUUCGGAAUGUUCGGUUCAAUAAGAUUCAAAACGGCCUUCAGCAACUCGAGGGGAAGAAGAAUGCUGUCAAGUUGAACAAUGUGUCGGCUAUGGAGAUUAAUAUAAUUAGACCUUUCUUCAUCAAAGCGUUGGAAAGGUUCUACAAGUACGAUGUGGAUUAUGCAAAGGCGGCGGCGACGGAUAACUCACAGGCAUCGAAUGCGCCGACUUCUUCCACGAGUGUGAGAGGAAGGACCAUUCAAAAUCGCGGCCUUCGGCCAAGAUAACGGCAGCCGCAGGCUUCUAAUGAACCGGGGUGUGUGUGUGUGUGUGGUGUGUGUGUGUGUGUGUGUGUGUGUGUGUGUGUGCUGUCUCUUAUACACAUCUAGAUGUGUAUAAGAGACAGGAACAUGACAACACGACAGACACACAUGCCCACACACACACUCAUCACACAGCGACACACGGUUUCGUGCUUCAGUUCGGUUUGGUGGUUGGUGGUUGGGAAACGAUUACUUGGUGGAGCUUGGGCUCUGGAAAGUGGAGGUUGGACGCUGUGGCUUGGGCUCAGGACUGCCUGACGGCGCGCAGACCACUGCGCGACCAUGACGGAAG